GUUUUAUUAGUGUCCCUCUCUCUCUCUCUCUUUGUCCUAGCAACAACCGACUUUAUUACACUAUAUACCCCUCUUCUUAUCAUCUCUUUUCUUCACAAAGGAGAAAAGAAUAGCUGAGAAAGAAACUCUCUCUCUCUCCUUGUACACAGAGCUUUGUCUCUGAAAAAAAACCCACAAAUUCUAAGAGAAAUUAUGAAUAAACAAGAUGUUAUGAAGCUUCAGACUUGUGUUCUGAAAGUAAACGUACACUGUGAAGGAUGUAAGCAUAAAGUAAAGAAACAGUUGCAGAAAAUUGAAGGGGUGUAUUCCGUAAAAGCAGAUGUAGAACAGGGGAAAGUCACUGUCACAGGAAACGUUGACCCAGCUAUCCUCGUUAAAAAGCUUAGCAAAUCAGGAAAACAUGCCGAGAUCAUAGGCGGUGGAGGUGGAGGUGGAGGUGGAGGUGGAAAAGGGUUUCCUAAUCUGAAUGGGCAAUUUGGUAAUCUCAACAUGAAUGGAGGAAAAGGUGGAAAAGAGGUUAAAGGGAAACCUAAUGGUGGAGGUGGUGGUGGUGGUCAGAGUCAUGGACAUGGUGGUCAACCAAUGCAGUUGACUCCUCAGCAGAUUCAACAAAUGAUGAUGAUGAAGGCUGCUCAAGCUGGUGGUGGUGGUCAUGGCGGGAAGGAUAUGAAGAUGAUGAUGCCUCCUGUGGCGUCUAAGGAUCAGAAGAAGUCUGUUAAGUUUGCUGAAGAGGAGGAUGAUGAGUUCAGUGACGAUGAUUAUGAUGAUGAGUUUAGUGAGGAUGAUUAUGAUGACGAUGAGUUUGAUGAUGAGGAUGAGGAUGAUGAUAUGGGGGGACAUGGUCAUGGAGGAGGUGGUAAGCAUCACAUGCCUCCUAAUAAGAUGAUGAUGAUGCCUAACAAGAUGCCUCAAAUGGGUGGUGGUGGUGGAGGGCCUAAGGGACAUAAUGAGAUGAUGAUGAUGAUGAAUGGUUUCAAAGGCGGUGGUGGUGGAGGAGAGGGGAAGAAAGGUGGCGGAGGAGGUGGUGGUUUUGAGAUUCCUGUUCAGAUGAAGGGAAUGGGUGAGGGUAAAAUGGGGAAAGAAGGCAAGAAAGGAGGUAAAGGAGGAGGAGAGAAAGAUGAUAAAGAAGGGAAAAAGAGUAAAGGAGGUGGGGGUAAAAAUGGAAAAUCAGAUGCCAAAAGUGGUGGAGGUGGUGGUGGCCUGCUAGGGUUUUUCAAAAAUGGUAAAAGUGGGAAAGGAGAUGAGAAGAAAGGAGGUGGUAAGAAAGAAGGCGGUGGUGGGGGUGAUAAGGUCAAAUCAUCCGGUGGUGGGGGAGUUCAUCAUUAUGAUAAUGGUCCUAAAAAGGGUGGAGGUGGGUCAAAAGGAGGAGGACAUGGGUCCCAUGAUAUUGAUGAGCUCAUAAAACAUCACAAAGCAGGAGGAGGAGGAGGUAACAAGGGUAAUAAUCAUAGUGCUAAGGGAAUGGGUGGUCCAAUGGGUCAAGGUGGUCCAAUGGGUAUGAUGGGUCCUCAAGGAGGUCAGAUGGGUAUGAUGGGUCAAGGUGGUCAAAUGGGUAUGAUGGGUCAAGGUGGUCCAAUGGGUCCAAUGGGUCACCAAGGUGGUUCUUACCCGGCGGUUCAAGGGUUACCGAUGAGUGGAGGCGGAGGAUAUUACCAACCACCACCUCAGGCAAGUCAUCAAAUGAACCAACAACAGUAUAUGCAAAUGAUGAUGCAUCAGCAACAACAGCAGCAACAACAACAAGCUGCAGCUCAAGGAGGAUAUGGUGGUGGUCAUGGUGGAGACAUGUACCAUCCAAUGAUGUAUGCUCGACCUUAUCCGUCAGUGAACUACGCUCAUCCACCGCCAAUGCCGCCACCACACUCGGAUUCUUAUACUCAUAUGUUCAGCGAUGAGAAUCCAGGUAGUUGUAGUAUAAUGUAAUCGUAUGUAAUGUUUUAAUUAGAAAAAACCGGAUAUGAAUAUGUUUGUCUUAGAUGUCUUUAUGUUUUUUUUUUUUUUU